AGCAGAGACAGAGUUGCGCAGGAGCGAUGGAGAGACGGGCUUUCUGCUGUGAUCGCUGUUUUCAUCUAUAGUCGUGUUCUUAAGCUGUUUUGUUGUGGGGAUUGUAGGCAUAUGUCGUUUGGGCUUAUUCUCUCUCUCACACACUCUCUAAGUUGGAUUUUCUGCUCUCACACACCUGUGCGUGCACAUACACACAGCCGUCGCCGUGGUAGUCGGGGAGAUGGUGCUUCGAUGUGACAUGUGUGUCAGGUGUGUAUGAGAAGGGAUGUGUAUUGAUUCCCAUGCACACUUUGACACACACUUUGAUUUGAUGCCUGAGCCUCUGACAGGCUAAGGGACACACAGCAGGCUUGGCCAGGGGCCCUCCAUGCCAUGGAAGAAUGCAAGCAGAUCAUGGCACGCCAAAAAUCUAACAGCCAGUCAGACUCACAUGAUGAUGAGGUUUCUCCUCCACCACCCAACCCGGUUGUCAAGGCCCGGCGCCGCAGGGGAGGGGUCAGUGCCGAGGUCUACACUGAAGAGGAUGCUGUCAGCUAUGUACGCAAGGUGAUUCCUAAGGACUACAAAACCAUGACCGCCUUGGCUAAGGCCAUCUCCAAGAAUGUGCUGUUUGCUCAUCUGGAUGACAAUGAGAGAAGUGACAUAUUUGAUGCCAUGUUCCCAGUCACCCACAUUGCGGGAGAAACAGUCAUCCAGCAGGGUGAUGAAGGUGACAACUUCUAUGUGAUUGACCAAGGAGAAGUGGAUGUUUAUGUGAAUGGGGAAUGGGUGACCAGUAUUGGAGAAGGUGGUAGUUUUGGAGAACUGGCUCUCAUCUACGGGACUCCAAGAGCUGCCACUGUCAAAGCAAAGACUGACCUCAAACUAUGGGGUAUUGAUCGCGACAGCUACCGGCGCAUUCUUAUGGGCAGCACACUGAGGAAGAGAAAGAUGUAUGAAGAGUUCCUUAGCAAGGUCUCAAUCCUUGAGUCCUUGGAUAAGUGGGAACGUUUGACAGUGGCCGAUGCUCUGGAGCCUGUUCAGUUUGAGGAUGGAGAGAAGAUAGUGGUCCAGGGAGAACCUGGAGAUGACUUCUUCAUUAUCACAGAGGGAAUAGCCUCAGUUCUGCAGCGCAGGUCUGAUAAUGAGGAGUACGUGGAGGUUGGACGUCUCGGACCAUCUGACUACUUUGGUGAAAUUGCUCUGCUGUUGAACCGCCCCAGGGCAGCCACCGUAGUCGCCCGUGGUCCGCUCAAAUGUGUGAAGCUGGACAGGCCCCGCUUCGAGCGUGUGCUGGGACCGUGUUCAGAGAUCCUCAAGAGGAACAUCCAGAGAUACAACAGCUUCAUCUCUCUCACCGUGUGACAUGUCGGCCCUCUGUGGGCCCCACCAGCAGGGGUGGGCAACAUCAGCAUCAGAGUUUUGCUUUGAGGGUGGGAUGGGGCGAGGAUGUAGGGGAAAGGACAUGGGUUUUACAGGGGCUCAUUUCCUGCCUCCUUUCCAUUUUGCGCAUUUUUCUUUUGAUCUUGUGCACUUUGACUUGACCUGUGCUGUCACGUAGCUUUAUGUCAAAAACAUGCGGGAGUGUAAAAAUCAGCAAGGACAGGAUCAUUAAACUCAUUAUAUUAUGUAAAUGAGUUCUAUAUACAGUUUGCAUAUGAUGCAUGCUUAUAGACGGACAAAGAAUGAAGUUUGCACUUGGAGUUUAUGAAGGAUGUGGUUGAAUUCAGGAAAUAAGGAGGAGUUGAAGUCAUGUUUACGUGCAGCGGGUGGAAGUGAGUACACAUUUCUUUGCUCGCUGGCUGUGGUUUGCCUUUUUUCACUUCUGGGUGUUGCGUGGUGCCAUUUGUAGGUCAAAUCAGACCCGCACUGCACAGUUCCCUAAUGUAGAUUUAGAGAUGAUUAAUAAAUUUGUGGCUGUUCAUUCAUUUUAGUGCUUCUUGAGUGUGCUUUUACUGCUGUUAUCAUUUGGGGUUGUUAGAGGCAAUGAUAUGUUUCAAGAUUUUGUUAUUCUGUGGCGUGUGCCAGACAAAAUAAUCAACAAUUUGCUUUGCUUCUUUUUGUUUUUUUUUGUUUUUUUGUUUUUUUGUUUUUUUAAGAUUCAUCUUGUCCCUGUGUUCCUGAGCCUUUACAGGUUCGGUCUGAUCUGUGAACCAUUGUAUUCCAAAGGUGCGGUAGUGUUAUUAGUCUAGUCCACACACACACACACAAACAGUCUGAAAACCAACUGAUUUAAAACUCAACAAACUGUAUAUGCCUCUGAUGUCUCAGGACUGAAUAAAUCUGCAACACAAACACACAUCUGAUGCUUUUUUUAUGCUGAUUUUGUUCUGUUUUACUGCUAGAUGAAAGCUUUUGCACCACUGGACAGUUUGUAAUGUUGGGUCAAUACAGCAGUUUGAUUUAGCUGUUUUUAAGACAUGACUUCAAUGUUUGAAAUAUAAGAGGUAAAAAAAAAAAAAAAAAAUGUUGAUUUCUUUUGAUCUACUGUAAUCUGUCAAAGUUGCACAACUGACCCAGCGACAAGUAUCUUUCUGUAUUCUCUCUCUGUGUAUCUUUCUUUCAACUAUCGAACCAUCUUGAGCAAAUAAAGUUAAGCUUAUGAAAUCCUUGA